AUCAAGGGGUAACACGGAAGUAAGAGCUCGACUAGAACCGUUACAGUGAUUUCGCUAAGUUACUUUCAAAUACUAUACUUGAUAGACGAAGUGUUUUGUUACGGGCGGAUCUAAAACAUCAACCAUGAACUCAAGUGCCAAUUACAACAUCUUAUUCAUUCUCCUCGUCAGCUCUGCGUUCUUCUUUGCGACUACGCGCGCCGCGCCUCUGGAAUCAGAGGAGGAGCAGUCUGAGAACGCUCUAGUGAGUCGGCCGGAGGCGGUUGACAUGACCGACAUGUCCGCGCCCUGGGACCCCAUCACUGCGGCUGCACUUCGCAAACUGCUGGUGCAACUCGACGCUGAGGAAAGAUUGACCCGGGUGGGACGUUCCUGGCCCCAGAAUGAGAGCCGAGGCUGGGGUCUGCGCGCUAUGGACGGGCGGCUGGCGAAGCAAUGGCGCGCCGACAAGAGGCAGGUCCGCUUCCGCCAGUGCUACUUCAAUCCAAUCUCCUGCUUCCGCAAGUAAACAUCGCAAUCAACCCUUCGCCCGCCACCGAUUGACUAACGCUAUCGCAUUGUUGUAAUUAAGAUAAAAAUAUAGAAAUUGUUUAUGGAAUCGGAAUAUUUCCCUCAAAAUCACCUUCCCGAAUUUGGACUUUAUUUAUCUAUCAAUUAAGUUAAUACUUUAAAACCGUUAUUAUUUCUUAAUAAUUUAUUAUAUUUGUGAAAAAUUAUUUUAAAAACCUU